AUGUCAGAACUGUACUCCGGUCUGCAAUUGGAGCCGUCACGGGCCGAGAUCCGGUUGCUCAGGCUCAAAGCCGUUGCAGUACCUGGGUCCAUCGGCGCGCAUGAUACGACACCAGAACCUCUGAAAGAAAGUCCGCUACUGCUCGAGUGCUCGAUGGAAGUCUUUAAGCUCGACAGUUAUCCUAGCUUUGCGGCUCUUUCAUAUGUCUGGGGUGAUCCUAACGAUACGACUCCCACGAUGAUCAACGACAUCAAGGUUUCCAUAACACGCAACCUGCGCACUGCGCUGGGAAUGUUCUUCAAUACUACACCGGAUGUAUACGUCUGGGCGGACGCCGUCUGCAUCAAUCAAGCUGAUAACGCCGAGAAAAGAUCCCAGAUUGCAUUGAUGAGCCGCAUCUAUCACCAGGCCGGGGUUGUGGUCUGCCACCUAGGUGGAGUUCUCAGCGAGGAGUUAAGACUCUACCUUGCUGUGAACUUUGAGCUCCAGCAACGCGAGCAAAGCAAGGAAGUCUUCUGGGCUCGAUUACGAAACAACUUCAAAGCACAGGGUUUAUCAGACGAGAUGCAAGUGUCCGUGUCCACAGCCAUUCUCGUUGGUCAGCGCGAAUUCCACGAGCUGCCUUACUUUCAAAGGAUGUGGACGUUCCAAGAAGCUCUGAUACCAGGCCGCCGGGCCAUGUUCUACAUCGGUGAUGAUCUCUUGGAGUUUUAUGAUCCGCGCAACUAUCAAUUAAUCAGCCGGCCGGACUAUAUUGAGGAAGCAUCGGUCAAGCUCAUCAACACCCCGAGAUCCCAGAUGACGCGUGUGCAGCACGACACUUAUGCAUUGCUGGACGUUUCGGGUCUUCCGAAGUUCAAUCAAAUCUACUUCCACGAUAUGCUACGACUUUCGCAGCUGGAGACCAAGCGACACCUGAGUACGGGCUACUGUUCACCAACCUUCGAGAUGCAUAAGCUCCUCGCGAUUAGCCAUGAGAGGCUCUGCGGUGAGCCGCGUGACAAGAUCUUUGCCGUUCUCGCCCUACUGCCAGAUUUCCCCGAUGAUUUCACCAGUGCAGCAGCAGCGCACGCAGCAAGGAAGCGAUACCUUGACAUUGACUAUGACAAAUCUAUAGAGCUGGUCGUACGCGACGCCCUGUUUUACGUGCAUCAUUUCGAGAAGCCCACAGCUCUCGGGCUGCUGUGUGUAGGGUAUCUUCCUUAUGGAGUUUCUAUUCACCGUCAACGACAGAAUGAACGCCAUCGCCACAUGGACGGCCCGGAGACGAGAGUAGUCGAGAAUGGCGGCUGCGCGACCUGGGUGCCCGACAUGACGCGGCCGACGAACAAGAACCGCAUUAAUGCCUGGAAAUGGAUGGAAAUAUCGCAAAUGUCCCAUGGGAUUCACUGGCUGGCUGCAGAUGACAGCAGGGGUGUCGGGGACCGGCUGCGGUUCACUAUCAGGGUGAUCGGUCGUGUCACCCAGACUCUCACAUUUCCUACCACGACAGACGCCAUCAUUGAUACAGUCGCUUCCAUCCUGGGUGACGCUUGUCUGCUGCUAGAAGACUCGCCCCUGUAUCGUACCCAUCAUGCUUUAUCCAAAGAAUACGGGCUUCCAAUGCUCGUGACACCCCCAUAUACGUCUCAGUACCGACAGGAGAUCCGCAACUUCGUCUGGAACAUCAAGGUACCCCAGACUACGCAGAACGAGCGGCGAGAGCCCAUGGACAGCGUCCACGACCGGCUUUCAGCAGCCUUGUUUUCCUAG